CACGUCGAUCGCCCGUCCUUAUCAUGGUGCUGGAAGGACCGCGGGCGCGGGGUGAGGCGGGGCGAGGUGCGGCUGGGUUCGAUGGGGUGGCGCCGCGGGGCAGGUGGCGUCGGCGCGGGCCAGUCUUGCACGCGAGUGGGACGCGGGGGGAGCCGGGCCGGCGCUACCAGGUGUAUGUACUCAGCCGCGGUGAUGCAGUAAACCACCAGGAGCCGGAGUCAUGUCCACGGACGCGCAGUCCCCGUGGCGUAGCGCGCUGGGCCAGGUGCGCUCGUGCGCGGGCGUGCUCGCGCUCGGGCUGGUGCAGGGCAUGGCCAUCGGCUGGUCCUCGCCGGCUCUCGCCAAGCUGGGCGGGGGCCGCGGACCUUUCGCCCCGAGCCUGGACGAGAUCACGUGGAUCGUGUCGCUGUUCGACCUGGGCUGCGGCAUGGGCGUGAUCGUGGGCGCGGCCGUGUUCUCGCACGCGGGUCGACGCUGGACGCUGCUCGUGGGCCCCACCACCUUCUCGGCGUGGUGCCUGCUCACGUACUUCGCCACGGCGCCCGGCUACCUGAUGGCGGCCCGAGCGCUGGCCGGCGCGGGCCAGGGCAUGUGCAUGUCGUUCUCCUACAUCUACGUCGGGGAGGUGGCCACGCCCAAGAUGCGGGGCGCGCUCAUCCUCACCGUCACGCUGCUGCUGCCCGUGGGCCAGCUCGUGGCGUACGUCGUGGGGCCCGCCGUCUCCUACUGGACGCAGGCGCUGGUUCCCCUGCCCAUCGCCGUCCUCGCCGGCCUGCUGAUGGUCUUCGUGAUGGAGGAGACGCCCUUCUACCUGGCGAUGCGCGGCCGGCACGACGAGGUGGUGGCGGUGCUGGCGCGGCUCCGCGGCCGCCCGUCCGUGGACCCCGGCGCCGACGUGUGCAGGGAGGCGCGCGCCGUGAGCGCGGCCGUGGAGCAGCAGCAGCGGGCCGCAGCGUCCUGGAGGGAGACGCUGCAGUCCGGGAGCGCCAGGCGGGCGGCGCUCAUCGUGCUCGUGGAGAGCGGUGCCCUGGCGCUGGUGGGCGUCACCACAGUGCUCGCCUUCACGCAGCAGAUCUUCGAGCAGGCCGGCACGCCUGUUCGCCCGGACGUGUCCGCAGCCGUGCUCAUCGCCAUCAAGGUGGGCAUGGUGUUGGUGUCCAUGGUGCUGAUCGAGCGCCUGGGGCGCCGCCUGCAGCUCGGCCUGGGCGCGUUCACCAACAGCUUGGCGAUGUUGGGAUUAGCGUCCUUCUUCUUGGCCCGCGACGGCAUGGGCGCGGACGUGAGCAGCGUGCAGUGGCUGCCCCUCGUGUGCCUGGUGCUCUUCAUCUCGGCGACCGGCAUCGGAGUCAACGCCGUGCCCCAGGUGCUCAUGUCAGAGCUGCUGCCCCAGCGCGCCAAGGCCAUCGUGGCUCCCGUGGCUGUGGUCAUCGUGUCGCUCACGUCAUUCGGCCUCAACAAGUCCUUCAUGUUGGUGGGGAAGAAAUACGGCUUCCAUAUCCCCUUCGGUCUUUACGCCAUCACCAACCUCCUGGUGUCCAUCUUUACCUUCGUCAUGGUGCCGGAGACCAAGGGCAAGUCCCUGGCCGAGGUGCAGGAAAUGCUGGUGGGGCGGUUUGAUACCAAACCUGACACGCGGCCGGCAAGUGUUCAGAUCAAGGCCAAGAACUCGCUAGAGCUGACCUACGUGUUCCCUAAUGCCACCAAGACUGUUGUGGAGGAGGAGGAUUUGUGAACAGAGAGAGGGAGCGAAAUGAAUUAGACUCUGAGUGAUAUGAUUGUAUGGUUUUUGUUUCUAGAUAUUUUUGUCGGUCUUCUCACAGACCAGCCGCAAUAAGUAACAAGGUUGAGCAGAAAGUCCUUAAGUUAUUAUCGUGCACCUGUCUUUAUGGUCACGUCUCGCCCGCCGCUUCGUGCCCGCCAAACAUCGCGUUCAAGUCACAGCAGCGUGUGGUCAACACUGCGAAUGGUAGUACAGCCCUCCUCUCCCCCUCCUCAGAAAAAAAGAGUGUAGUUUUCUGUGAUAUUGUAAAAUGUUUUGUAUAAUAUGUCUAUGCGCUUACCCAUAAACUGAGAGCUGUGAUAUGGAAUUUAUAAUAACUCUUGUUCUUUUAGUUACGUUAAAUAGCUAACAGAAAUAAAGAAACUAAAACAAAUAGUA